AUGGCUGAAGUUCUUUACUCUGAUAUUAAGUUCAAAAGAGCGAGAGGAAACACAGACGCAUCAAGCAGGCGAUCGGGGGUCACAUGGGAGCGAGUGGCCCUGCUGGUCCUCAGUGUUCUCCUGGCAGCUGCCCUCACAGCUCUUGGUGUAACCCAUGAAACAUGUCCGAGGUGUGAGGACGGCUGGGAGCCACAUGGAGGAAAGUGCUACUUCUUCUCCUCGGUUACUUUAACCUGGAAUAAGAGUAGAAACCAAUGCAUAUCAAUGAGAGGAGACCUGGUUGUGAUAAACAACAGAGAGGAGCAGAGAUUCCUGGAGUCUAGAGUGAUGGAAAAAAAAGAAGCUUAUGAGUACAAGUUCUGGAUCGGACUGACAGACUCAAAGAAAGAGGGUGAAUGGCUUUGGGUGGACGACGCACAACUGGAUCCAAGUUUGACGUUUUGGCGUGAGGGCCAGCCAGACAACAGGGCAUGGGCGACUUCUGAUGGACAGUGGAAUCCUGAUGGAGAGGACUGUGUGGUGAUGGGGGAGAAAGACGGAGCCACGGACCUGAAGUCCUGGGACGAUCGAUACUGCAAAUAUUCUCAAAAAUAUAUUUGUGAGAAACCAGAAAAAGCAUGAGCCUGAAAUCCAGUUGGAUCAGAUUGAGCUCGAGUCUUCAGCCACUUUCACAAACUGAGGCAUGAUGCUUUGUUAAUGAAGAUCUUCUCCAGACAUAAACAACUUUGAAUAAUA